AUGAGCGGCGCCCCGCAGCAGCAGCCCCCGCGGCGGGUCACCAACGUGGGCUCGCUGCUGCUCACCCCGCAGGAGAACGAGAGCCUCUUCGGUUUCCUCGGCAAGAAAUGCGUGACUAUGUCUUCAGCAGUUGUUCAGAUAUACGCAGCAGAUCGCAAUGCCAUGUGGUCAAAGAAGUGCUGUGGUGUUGCUUGUCUUGUAAAGGACAAUCCGCAGAGGUCAUAUUUUAUCAGAAUAUUUGACAUUAAGGAUGGGAAAUUACUGUGGGAGCAGGAGCUGUACAAUAACUUUGUAUAUAAUAGCCCUAGAGGAUAUUUUCAUACCUUUGCUGGAGAUACAUGUCAAGUUGGUCUUAAUUUUGCUAAUGAAGAAGAAGCUAAACUAUUCCGCAAAACAGUAACAGAUUUACUUGGACGACGGCAGAAAAAAUCUGAAAAAAGACGAGACCCACCAAAUGGCCCAAAUCUACCAAUGGCAACUGUUGAUAUCAAAAACCCAGAAAUUACAACUAACAGAUUUUAUACUCCACAAGUCAACAAUAUUUCAUAUACCAAAGAGAAGAAGAAAGGAAAAACUAAGAAGAGAAGAUUGACAAAGGCAGAUAUUGGAACUCCAUCUAAUUUCCAGCAUAUUGGACAUGUUGGUUGGGAUCCAAACACAGGUUUUGAUGUGAACAACUUAGACCCAGAACUGAAAAAUCUGUUUGAUCUGUGUGGAAUUUCAGAAGCUCAGCUAAAAGACAAAGAAACUUCAAAGGUCAUAUAUGAUUUCAUUGAAAAAACAGGAGGUGUGGAAGCUGUAAAAAAUGAACUGCGCAGACAAGCUCCACCUCCACCACCACCGUGCAGAGGAGGACCCCCUCCACCUCCCCCUCCCCAUAGCUCGGGCCCUCCUCCUCCCCCUGCUAGGGGCCGAGGGGUCCCACCUCCACCUCCUUCCAGAGCUCCCACAGCAGCACCUCCACCCCCACCUCCAUCUAGACCUGGUGCAGCAGUGCCCCCGCCUCCUCCCAACCGGAUGUAUCCUCCACCACCGCCAGUGCAUUCCUCAUCUGCACCAUCCGGCCCUCCUCCGCCCCCACCGCCACCAGCAAGCGGGUCUUCUGUUCCUCCACCUCCCCCGCCUCCUCCGCCCCCUCCUGGUCCUCCUCCACCGCCAGGCCUUCCUUCAGAGGCUGAUCACCAGCUUCCAGUUCCUGCGGGAAACAAAGCAGCGCUCUUGGAUCAAAUCAGAGAAGGAGCUCAGUUAAAGAAGGUAGAACAGAACAGUCGACCAGUGUCCUGCUCAGGAAGAGAUGCACUGCUAGACCAGAUACGACAGGGUAUACAGUUGAAAUCUGUAUCUGAUGGUCAGGAGAGUGCACCGCCUACACCUGCACCCACCUCAGGAAUUGUGGGUGCGCUAAUGGAAGUUAUGCAGAAAAGGAGCAAAGCCAUUCAUUCUUCAGAUGAAGAUGAGGAUGAAGACGAUGAAGAAGACUUUGAGGAUGAUGACGAAUGGGAUGAUUGAUCAAAUAUUAUUAUAUAUAUUUUUUU